CAGAGAGGGAGCAGAGGGGACACAGAGGAAGAAUCACAGAGCACUGAAGGAUUUUAAUCUGAUUCUAUUCUCACUUUCUUGUGGAAAAAGCGCAGAUACAAGUUAGAGCUUCAUCAGGCUUGACAUCUUCUCUCCUCAGCCCUCCUCAGGAAGUGUAACCUCUUUCAUCAUGAAUGAUAAUCGGGCACAUGUCCCCAUUUAUGACAACAUGGGGUAUCAACCCGAGGGAACAAGACCCCCUCCGUACAACCAUCAACCUGGUAUGUACCCUGUCCUCCCUCGGGAGACUCCCAGCUAUGUCACAGUCACUCCGAACCCCGUCAUCAACACACACCAGACCGUAACACCUGCAACACCGCAAACCAUGGGACAAAAGAAAGGUGGAAAGAAAUGUCAAUGGAAGUCAAUGCUGUGUGCAACUCUGUGUGUGUUGGUUAUCCUGGGAGUGAUCGCACUCUUGCUCUGGUACUUCUUAUAUUACCAGUGUUUGCUGGGGAGAUCGUGUCGGAAUGGAGGGAAGUGUUUGAGCCUGUCUCAGUGGUGUGAUGGUGUUCAAGACUGUCCUCAAGGAGAGGAUGAAUCUAAGUGCUUUCGCCUUCAUGGAACAAACUUCAUGCUGGAAAGUUUCUCCCCAGACAGCCAGAAGUGGAUGCCUGUGUGUGCUGAUAGCUGGGACAACAACCAUGGGAGAACAGUGUGUGAGCAAAUGGGAUACAAGAGGCAGGAUUACAUGUCCUACACAGAGACCAAUGCAGGAUCUUCAGCCUCUGAUGGAUACAUGAAGCUAAAGUCUGAUAGUACCCACAGCUCACGUAUGCAGUCACAGCUCACACACAGCAAAAGUUGCUCAGCCAAAGCCAUCAGUCUUAAAUGUAUCGAUUGUGGUAAGGCUUCAGCAGGCCCCAGCUCUCGUGUUGUCGGUGGUACUGAGGCAGUAAACGGAGCUUGGCCAUGGCAGGUCAGUCUCCAGAUUAACGGUCAACAUAUUUGUGGAGGCUCCAUUAUCAGCCCUGACUGGAUCCUCUCUGCUGCACAUUGCUUUCAAGGCUCAUACUCCAGUCCUAGGAGGUGGAGGGUGCUCUCUGGUGAUGUUAGCCUGAUGAGACUGAGCCUUAGCCCCAAGAACAUAGUCAGAAAAAUCAUCAAUCAUGAAAAAUUUGACACACAAACUAAUGACAACGACAUUGCUCUGCUAAAGCUCGACUCACCACUGGCAUUUUCACGUACAGUGAAGCCAGUGUGUCUGCCAAACAUUGGUGUGGACCUUUCUGCAGAGCGUCAGGCCUGGGUGACUGGAUGGGGAGCCUUACGCUCUUCUGGACCCGGCCCUAACACCCUGAAUCAGGCCCAGGUGACCAUUUACAGCAGAGAGACCUGCAACCAACCACGAGUGUUAGACGGGGAAGUCACAAAGACGAUGAUCUGUGCCGGGAAACUGGAUGGCGGAGUUGAUACUUGUCAGGGUGACAGUGGAGGACCCCUGGUGGUGAAGGAGGGAGAUGUAUGGUGGCUGGCAGGGGACACAAGCUGGGGGAUAGGAUGUGCUCUGAGGAACAAGCCAGGAGUCUAUGGCAAUGUUACCUACUUUAUCGACUGGGUGUAUACACAAAUGCAGAAUAACUGACCGACCUCCUGGGGAACCUGAAGAUGAUCCUCUUUUUUUAUUCAGUUUUUACUCUAUAACAGACUUUGCACUUUAAAUCUGGAGCUCUGAAGAAAGUGAUCAAAACGAUUGUAGUAAAUAUAAAAGCAGAAAAAUAGCAGGAAGAAUGUAAAAAAAUCUUUUUUUAUGUAUCCCUAGUUUAAACUUUUUGCAUAUAAUCAAUGUAUUUAUUUUAAAACAUUUUGCACAAAGAGAUUAUUUUUUGACACAUUCGCCUACUCUUAUGCUUUGAAACUGGAUAACGGAGCAAGCCAGAGCAGACAAGCAGACACCACUUGACUUCCUGAAUCUACCUGUUAACUUGAUGUUGAUUGAUCAAACUCCACCUGCUCAGAAAGACUGAGAUGUUGUUGAAAGCUCAGGAGAUGAUUAGCAAGUUUAUUUUCUUCCACCUUCAUGCUCAGACCUUACCCGAUGUUAUUUAUCUCCUUUGUGACUCAUAUUUACAGCUUAAUGACACUGACGGGCCUCUCGUGAUGAUUACUGCCAUAACAAUGGUUUGUAGGUCACUAUGUCUCAGAUGAUAAACAGUAAAGUACGUGAGAGUCUCAGAUAUCUGUGUCUGCAUGUGACGUGUGAUCCAAGGAGGAAGGAGUUUACUAAUCAGAAGGGUCAAUCUUUAAUGAUUUCAAAAUGGUAAUGACACCUGUUUAUGAUACGUUGUUUGUGUUAUCGCAAUGGCUGUAUUAAGAGUCUGAGGUUAUUCAUGUCUUGAAUCUAAAAAGCUCACUCUAAGGCUCCAAAUAUGAGCAGAAAUAUUUGAUAUUGACUCUUUGGAGUUCUCUGUAGUCAGGCUUCCUCCUUCUGCAUCCUUUUAUCGCCCUUAUUGUUAAAAGGUGAUCCGUUUUUGUACUCCCAGGACUUUGCUAUGUUCUAGCCCCCAGAAACAGAUAUUAUGCAAAGAGCUUUUUGGUAUUUUGCACCCUCAGCCUGGAAUUUAUUGCUGAAUAACUAGAAAAUCAAGGAGCUGGUGUCAUUAAAUGAUUUUAAAUCUAAAGUGAAAGACCUUGAAUCAGAUUCUUUACAAUGUUAUUGCUCUUAGCUUACUUGGUUACACAACAGACCCUUAGAUAGUUUCUCUUUUAUUAAACAUUGUUGUGCUUUUGAA